AUGCAAACGACCCAGCUUCCUUCCAGAUCUUCCCACCUGCCGACCGCAAAGUGGGGCACAGCAGCUCGCGGCCCGCGGCCCUUUUGCUCGGGAGGUGCGCCCGCUACCUCCUUUCGCCCUCGAUCCCACCGUCCCACGACCGCAUCCGCACUGCCCGCCGACGGUCAGGCGGAUGUCGUCAUAGUGGGAGCGGGUGUAGCGGGCCUCAGCUGCGCGGUGACUCUGGCCCAGCGCGGUGUGAAGCCGAUUGUGCUGGAGGCGAGUGACGGAGUGGGCGGGCGGGUGCGGACCGAUGUGGUGGAUGGCUUCCUGCUGGACCGCGGCUUCCAGAUCUUUCUGACGGGCUACCCCGAGGCCCAGUCCUCCCUGGACUACUCGGCUCUGCAGCUGCGGCCCUUCUAUGCGGGGGCCCUGGUCUGGCAGGGCGGCUCCUUCCACCGGGUGGCCGACCCGCUGCGGCACCCGCUGGACGGCCUGGCCUCGCUCACCAACCCGGUGGGCUCGCCGCUGGAUAAGGUCCGGGUGGGGCUGUUUAGGCUGAAGAGCUUGUUGGGCAGUUUGGACGAGCUGCUGGCCCGCCCCGAAACCACCACUGCGGAGCGACUCAAGGCCGAGGGCUUCACGGACGCCAUCAUCCUGCGCUUCUUUCGCCCCUUCCUGGGCGGCAUCUUCUUCGACCGGCAGCUGCGCACCUCCUCGCGCCUGUUCGAGUUCGUGAUGCGCAUGUUGGCCACGGGCUCCAACUGCCUACCGGCGGGGGGUAUCGGGGCGGUGGCGGAGCAGCUCGCGGGCAAACUGCCGCAGGGCGCCAUCACACUGAACGCGCGGGCUGAUGCCGUACGCGGUCGUGAGGUGACCCUGGCUGACGGCACCAAGCUGACGGCUCGGCGGGGGGUGGUAGUGGCGGUGGAGGGUCCGGAAGCCGGCCGCAUACUGGGGGGCGCUCUCCAGUCCUCUCCCAGCAAGCCUGAGCCGGGCGUGGGCACCUGCUGUGUGUAUUUCCGGGCUCCGAAACCCCCCUCCUCCGAGAACAUUCUCUACCUCAACGGGGAGGAUGACGGCAUCGUCAACAACUGCUGCUUUCCAUCCACCGUGGCGCCGUCGUACGCACCUCCUGGUCAGGCCCUCGUGUCCGUAUCCACGGUGGGCACACACCCCGAGCUGAGUGAUGAGGCCCUGCAGGAGGCUGUACGGCAGCAGUUAUCCCGGUGGUUCGGGGCGGCGGAGGUGGCCACGUGGUCCCACCUGCGCACCUACCGCAUCCCAUUUGCACAACCUAACCAGGCCCCGCCCACCAACUUCAGCCGGCCCGUGUCCCUGGGUGGUGGUGUGUUCGUGUGCGGUGACCACCGUGACAGCGCCACGCUGGAGGGCGCCCUCAGGUCGGGGCGCAGGGCUGCAGAGGCGGUACUCAUGAAGCAGUGAGGCACUGGGAUGAUACAAUAGUAGCGGUAAUGCGACGGUGAAAGUGGGGGUAGUGGGGGUAGUGGUGGAAGUGGAAGCGGGCGGGGCGCUCUUGAGUACGGGGGUUCGGGUGGGGAGUGCAAUACACAGUGCGGCCCCCUCUAGCUAUAAGACUAUGAAAGCUGUACGGGGCAGGU